AUGUCAACACUCGGCAAGAACCUUGUCAAAGCCCCCACCAUCAACGCGGACGAUGCAUGCAACAAGGCAGGCGACGCAGUCGACGGCGCCGUGGAUCAAGUCGGCGACACGGCGAACGACAUCGGUAACACCAUCGGCGGCAUCUUCAGCCGCAAACCCUCCGUCGGCGACGCCAUCGGGGACGCAUGCAAGACGGGUGCCGACGCAGCCAACCAGGCCGUCCAGAUCUCGACGGACGCCAUCAACAAGGCGCUCGGCAGCAUCGCCAAGGCCAUCGGCAUCCAGGAGUAUUACUCGGUGCACAUUGGCGCGCUGUGCGAGGGCAACUACAAGCCCAGCUUUGACGACAAGGACGCGAAGCCCGACGUGUCCAAGUGCACGCCCAAGUUCAAGACGGAGCAGACGGAUCUGAGCAAGAAGCUCGAUGACGAGCUGCAGGUCGGGCCGUUCAAGUUCAAGCUUAGCGACCUCGACCUCGUCGACGAUAUCAAGGACGGCUUCGCCAAGAUUCCCGGCGCCCUGGCCGCCAUGGCCUUCUUCUUCCUCUUCGCCACGAUCGCGCUGGUGUUGGGUUUCCUGUUUUCCCUCGCCGUUGCGGGGCUGGAUUACGCUGGCAAGGACACUUUGAAAAAGUUUGCGCUGUUCGGCGCGAUCGGCUGCCUGGGGGUCGGCUGGUUCACUACGCUCAUCGGCGCGGCGGUCACCACUGGCAUCGCGGAGACCAUCAAGAAGGCUGUCAACAAGUUUGGAGAUAAGUUCGGCAUGUCGGCGCAUACCAGCCCAGGCCUGUACUUCCUCCUCUGGAGCGCUAUGGUGUGCUCGUUCCUCGCGCUGGCUAUGCUGGCGUUCUUGUGGUUCAAGACCCGCGGCGGGAGGGGCAUGGGACAUGGUCCGAGUGCGGGUGCUGGUCAGCAGCAGGCCCAGUACAACACCAACAAGAACAUGUCGGAGAGCUCCAUGGAGGACUCGCAUGGGUUUGCGCAGAUGCAGACCAGCGGGGGCCGAGGUCGGUUCACGGAAGAGCCGUUGUAA